AUGAAACUCUGGCUUAAUAAUACAAACAACCGUUUAAUUGAUACUACUCUAAUUACUACUCCUUUUUCCAAAUCAAAAGCUAACUAUACAGAUCGGGCCAUAAUUCUUAAUCAAUCUAAAAAUCCUAAAGAAGUCCCUCUGGAAAGUAAACAACCAAGUACUAAUCUGUACAUUGCCGAACAAACUAACGAUCAAAUGCAAAUCACUCAACGUGUAACUCAAGUUCUAGAACCGACUUUAGCCGACUUCCUUCUUCCUUCCUGGGCUUCUUCCGAUCCUUUCUACACCCAAUUAUCUGCUGGUUUAUCCCAGCCAGUUGAGUACCCAUUAGCUACUGAGUUCAAUCGCUGGAGUAAAUCCAGUCGUGAAAUCCCUUUCUUUCCCCCACCGGUAGUCUCACUCAGUGGUAUCUUUAAGCAGUACAACUUCAAGGAGUUCAAAACUGCUAAGAAGAAGAUCAGACUAGCCCAAAAAGUCCGAGUAGAAGAUGAUCCACCUAUCCAACCAACUGAAUCCCUUUGUAAGUGCAUUCAAACUUUACUUGGCCCGGCUUAUACUCCCAUCAAAACAGCUAUGCAACAACUCUUCCAACAGCAUCCCAUCUGGUCAAUCAAGCAAAUUGAAGCUACCUGCCAAACCGACUACCCCCAAUUACUAGCUGAUACUAAAUGGACGACUAUCAAGAACAUUUUACCCGUCCUAGCCUAUACCCAUACCACCGGACCCUGGAAGAAGCUCUGGAUUAAGUAUGGGUACAAUCCAGUCCAUGAUCCUAAAGCUUAUCGCUACCAAACUUAUGUCUGGAAGAACGUCUCUAAAGCUUUCGUUCUCCGGGAUAAUCCUGCCAUUGAACAAGUUCUUCGUACUACUCCUAACUAUCUCACUACUCACUUCCAUCCCACCCGUGGUUUUCUCACUGCCGCCGCCUUUACCUACCUCCAGCACAAACUUUCAGAAGUCCAAGUCCCAUCCCCGGCCACCGCAACUCCACCCGCCCCCGCCCUCUUCCAAGACCUCGACUUCACCACCCUUGAUGAUUAA